UUGCUCCGCUCUCGCUCCUGCCUGCCGCUCGGGCCUUUGUGACCGACGCGUGACUCGCUAAAAACCAGCAGCAUGACUUUCAGGAUCACUGUCCUCAUUCAUCUGCUCUGGGUUUGUGGCAAGGCUAGCUCCAGAAAAGGGGUCAAGUGUGGAGGCAUUCUUUCGGCACCCAAUGGCAACGUGUCCAGCCCAAACUUCCCGGGCCUGUACCCGUACAACACGGAGUGCUCCUGGCUGAUUGUGGUGGCAGAGGGCUCCUCUGUCCUCCUCACCUUCCACCACUUUGAGCUGGAGUACCACGCGGACUGCGCCUACGACUACAUCAAGAUUUACAACGGCAUCUCGGAGGACGAGGGCAACCUGCUGGGGAAGUUCUGCGGCGACAUUUGCCCUCCGCAGUUCACCUCCUCCUGGAACGUCAUGUCCAUCAUCUUCCGCUCCGACCGGCAUGUGGCUCACAGGGGCUUCUUGGUCGGGUACAGGAAAGAUAUGUGUGGGGGAGUCCUAACCGGCCUUUCUGGUAUCAUAUCCAGUCCAGGCUACCCUGUCGAAUACAGCAAUAAUGCAGACUGCUCUUGGACUGUGCACGUCUCAAACCGCACAGUGGUCAGCCUGGUCUUCCUGGACUUCCAGCUCGAGAACAACGAAGGGUGCAACUUCGACUUUGUGGCCCUGUUUGAUGGGCCAACUGUCACCCACAGACACCUGGGAAACUACUGUGGGAGCAACCGUCCGCCCAACACCGUCACCACCUCCAACCAGCUACUGGUAGUCUUCAAAUCUGACUUCAAUAUUGGAGGGAGGGGAUUCAAGGCCUAUUACUACUCAGGGGAAUGCCAGCAAGUCCUCACAGCUAUUCGAGUGAAUUUCACCAGUCCUCACUACCCCAACAUUUACCCCAACAACAUAAACUGCCAUUGGACUAUUAACCUGGAGACUGGGUACCGGAUCAAGCUUUUCUUUACCAGCAUGGAGCUCGAAGACCGCAACAGCCUGACAGACGAGUGCGACUACGACUCGGUCUCGGUGCAUGAUGGGAGCAGUGAGGCGGACCCACUGCUGGGGCGCUGGUGUGGCUCAGAUCAGCCCCCUACCCUGCUGUCCAAAGCCAACAAGCUUCUGGUCAUCCUUAACACCGACCGCAACUCCGCCUACAAGGGCUUCUCUGCCUCUUACACGGGUGUGGUGCCUGUCAAUGUUAGCUGCACCAGGACUGAAUUUCAGAUACAGAUUUCCCAGCAGUCUUUGCCCCAGCUGGAGCGUGAGAGUGUGUAUUUGGGGAGCCCCUCCUGCUUUGCCCAGAUGACACCCACGGUGUACAAGAUCCAGGCCCGUUUUGUCAACUGUGGUACUGCAGGGCAGAAGCGCAGGAACAUCACGGUGCUGGUGAACACCCUCUACAUCGACUUCUCGGACGGGAAGCAGCGGAACGUCCAGGAGUACGAGGUGCAGUGCGACGCCCAGCGGAAGGUGGCCUCCGUCAGCCUCAUCACCGUGGAGGAGCGGAACAGGCUCAACGAGCUGGCCCGCCGGGCCGAGGAGGCCGACGUGGGGACCAGCGUGGAGGAGGAGUCCGAGCCCCACGACACCAGCGACAUUGUCUUCAUUAGCAUCUGCGUCCUGGCCGUCAUUCUCAUGGUGAUCGCCAUUGUGUGGCUGGUGCUGCUAUAAGUACACAUAUCUCUCCCCCCCCCACAAAAAGAAAAUCAUGAAACAGAGACACUAUAUUGUAGUGGGCAAACACUUCAUUUACAGUUACUAACAUGGCUAUUUUUGUAAUGAACGGACCCAGUUGGUGAUGGUAAACCAGAUGUAAUUUAAUUCAGCAAGUGUGAGAAAUUCAGGGUUAACAUCACCAACCACCAAGGUCAAAUUUAAUGUUCCUUGCCUUUAUUAUAGAAGGUAUCCAAUUAGGAAAACUCUUCAUUUGCUUUGUUAAAUAAGUGCUUGAGCAUAUUUCUGUUAAUUUUUGUGGUUUCUUGACACAUGCUAUUCAACCUUCAUACAAGGUGCAGAAUCCCUUGCUCUAUCUAUCCUUUUCUCUGUGUAAAUUACUUUUGUAAAUCACGUUGUUAUUCAUUCAGUAAAAUCCAUUCUUGUUUGUAUAUAGACUGCUCGGACAACCGGUAUAGUGUAUUCUCUGAGCACUAUGGUGGUUUUGUGUCUUACUUUGUAAAUUUUAAAUAUUUUACCAAAAUCAUAAACUGUAUGCUAACAACAAAAACCGCACAGACUUGUUUCAGGAAAUAAGGGGUCAAAUGUUCACUCAUGUACAAGAGGAAUGUCACCUGCUGUUGACAGUGUGCAACACCUGUGGAAGAAUAUUGAGAUUUUUCUGUUAUGAAACAGGUUCCUUGCUUUUAAUGUGCAUACGGUACCUAUACACAGUAAGGUAAAGGUUUUACAGUGAAGUUGCUUUUUCAAGUGGUACUUGUCUGACCUCUAAUGCAAAUUAUUUGUAGCACUGAUUGUUUAUACUUGAUGGUAAGGCUAAAUUCAGCAUAGGUAGUGUAACUUGUUUGUGGAAGUUUCAGAUGGCUGUAUGUGAGGGUGCUGUCCUCUGCCAUAUUCUUACUGUGAACGGACUACUGUGACAAUAUACAAUACAUUCAUGUCCAAGUUAAAAAUUAUAUAUAUUAUAAAUUGUAUAAAAAUACUAUUUCAAUGCAAUUGACAUGCACAAUACAUUUCACUUGCAUGAAUCACUGAAUUUCAUAACUUUAAAAAAGUUCAAUGGGGUAAGGUUAUAGUUGAAUCUGAAAGGAUUGGGACAGGGUGUAAGGUCUAAAGCCAGACUCUUAAUGAAGGUACCAUGCAAGUUAUUCUGUGACACGUUGAAAUCCAUGCAGUUAUAAGUUAUAUGUAAAAAUA